CCACCGCUGUUUGUGAGGGGCACUCUCGUGCACACCCCGGUGCGUGGCGAGGUGGAACUGCUGCCGGACCAGCUGGUUGCCGUGGACGAGGCCGGCACCAUCACCGCCGUGGUGCCUGGCAGCCAGGAGGCGGCGUGCCUGGCGGCGCAUGCCGGGCGGCCAGAGGACGUGCUGCGCCUCGAGGCCAACCAGUUCCUGCUGCCGGGCUUCUGCGAUACGCACAUCCACGCCUCCCAGUACAGCUAUGCCGGUACCGCCACAGACACCCCGCUGAUGGCGUGGCUGACCAAGUACACCUUCCCCACAGAGGCCCGCUUCGCAGCGGACCCCUCCUUUGCCCGCCGCGUCUACUCCCGCCUCAUCUGCCGCAUGGUCGCCUGCGGCACCACCACCGCCCUCUUCUUUGCCACCCUGCACCUCGAGCCCUGCCAACUGCUGGCAGACCUGCUGGAGGAGGCGGGCAUGCGGGCGUUUGUGGGCAAGGCGCGUCUGCGCGGGGGCGUGUCCAUGGACCGCCACGGCGGCCCCGACUUGUACGUGGAAAGCACGGAGCAGGCGGCGGCCAGUGCAGAGGCCUUCAUCCGCUACGUGCGCGCCAAGCAGCUGCCGCGGCUGGAGCCCGCCCUGACGCCCCGCUUCCUGCCCACCUGCACCCCCGUGCUGCUGCGCGCGCUGGGCGAGCUGGCGGUGCGGUACGACGUGGCGGUACAGAGCCACAUCCGGGAGAGCUACGACGAGGUGGAAUUUGUGGGGCAGCUGGAGGAGGCCGGGCAGGGGGCAUCAGAGGCGGAGAUGUUUGAUGCCGCGGGCCUGCUGACAAGCAAGGCGAGCUGCUGCAGCGCCGUGUUUGCGCACGGCGUGCUGCUGAGCGAUGCUGAGGUGGCGCUGAUGGCGGCCCGCGGCUCCGCCGUUGCCCACUGCCCCCUCUCCAACGCCUUCUUCGCCGAUGUCGUGCUGCCGGUGGCGCAGCUGCUCAGGCGGGGGCUCAAGGUUGGCCUGGGUACCGACGUCGCCGGCGGCUACGACAUCAGCAUGCUGGGAGCGCAGCGUGCCGCUGUGGUCGCAUCUCGCGCGCUGCCCCUGGCGCUGCGCCUGCAGCAGGAGGGCGACCCCGACUCGCUGAGCUGGCGGGACGCGCUGUGGCUGGCCACCGUGGGAGGGGCACGGGCGCUGGGGCUGGAUCGGGUGGGCACGCUGGCGCCAGGUCAGCAGUUUGACGCGCUGCUGGUGGAUGGCGGCUGCGGCGCCGCCUACGACCUCUUCCCGCAGAGCUCCCCGCUGGAGCAGGUGGAGAAGUUUCUGUGCUGCGGGGACGACCGCCACAUCGUGCAAGUGUGGGUGCAAGGCCGGCCCAUC